AAAAAGCCACAAUGAAAGUUCCCACUUAGUCACGAAAAUGGAAAUAAAUCCUCCCUUGCCCGGUUUCCCUUGCGUCACCUCGCCGCGACUCGGAGUUUAAGCGACGCAUCAGUGUACACAACAACCAUGGCGGAAGAGGAACACCUGUCGCCUUUCCACACCGAGAAAAUCGUCCAAUUUCAGGAAGUCACUGGAACAGAGGACUUGGGAGAAGCCCGCUCACAGUUGGAGAACCAUGGAUGGGACCUAGAGGCAGCCGUCCAGACACACCUUGCUCUGGGGGACAACCGUGCACCAACACCUCCCAUGCCAGCGCAGAAUGGCAGAAAUGACCACAAUGGUUGGCAAAAUCUGGCCGGAGUAGGUGGAGGAGGAGGGAGUGGAGAUGGGGGAGGGGGAGGGGCCAACCACCAUGACGAGGAUGACACAGACACAGAGGAUGGGGUGGACGGUGGAGAGAGAGAGAGCAGCUCUAACAGCCUCCUGCCUGCGUGGCCUCGGGGGAGUAUCUUCAGCUGGGGCUAUUAUCUCCUCACGCUGCCCUUCCGCAUCACCAUCUCCUCCCUCUCCUCCCUUUUCCUCUUCGUCUACAGGAUUGUCUACCCAUAUCCUCGCAGAUUAACUGACCCCCUAGGGGAUGUGCUGCAGUUCAUAGGACAGUAUGAAGCAGAGUAUGGGCAGCAGCACCCUGCCUUCUUCCAGGGCUCUUACUCACAGGCUCUCAGCCAUGCCAAGUCAGAGCUCAAGUUCCUCUUGGUCUACCUGCACUGUGCUGAUCACCAAGACACGCCGGCCUUCUGUAGAACAACCCUGUCAGACCCGGCACUGGUGGAGUAUGUCAACAACACCAUGGUGUUCUGGGGCUGCUCUGUCACCACAGCAGAGGGCUAUCGAGUGUCCCAGGCCCUGAGGGAGAACGCAUACCCAUUUCUAGCCCUCAUUGUGCUACGGGACAACCGUAUGACAGUGGUUGGCCGGUUGGAGGGACCCUGCACACCCACAAAGCUGACUGAGCAACUGCAGCUGAUCGUUAGGGAUAACGAGGCCUAUCUAGUGGUGGCCAGAGCAGAGAGGCAGGAGAGAGAGCUGACUGCAGCCCUGAGGCUCCAACAGGAUGAGGACUACCAAGAGAGUCUCCGUGCUGACCAGGAGAAGGAAAGAAAGAGGCAGCAAGAGAGGGAGGAGAUUGAGCGGAAGGAGAUGGAAGAGAGAGAGAGAGAAGAGGAGCAGAGGAGAGAGAAGGACAAUAUUAGAAGACUGAAGAUCGAGAGUGUGGACAAAAUACCACAGGAGCCAGAGGAAGGGGCUGAUGGCACGGUGCAUAUCGUGGUGAAGCUCCCUCACGGGGCAAGGCUGGAGAGACGCUUCCUCAAGACACACAGUCUAGAGGCCCUCUACUACUACAUCUUCUGCCAUCCAGACUCCCCAGAUAG